GAGAAAAACGGGCCGAAGAUGCAGCGAUGAGUCAUCAGGGUGUUGUGAAUGAAGGUGUUCUUUGCUUAGCAGGCAAAUCAAAAUUUAGUGCUACCCACCUUCCUUACACUUUCCUCAGACUUCAUUCAUUAACAGGCCAAUUUGAAUUAAAUUCGUAAUGAUGAUCACCUUUCUUACUUUUACUUUCACGACGAAAACGUUGUCCUCAAAUGCGCCCACCAUCGCCCCCCUCACUUCUCCUUAUAAGCCUCAUUUGCUUUCCUCUCAUAGCCAUCUCUGAAAUUUGAAAACUUGUCAUCUCUCUCUUUAUCCUAUUCUCUGAUUCCAACCCAUUCCUCUGUUUUUUUUUACUUAUGGAUUCCUCUGCUCUGUUUCUCUUAUUCAUGUUCUGUAUUUCAUGCUCAUCAUUUUAUGCAUCAGGAAUGCUUCUUUUGCCUCUAAGACACUCCAUCUCCCCCACUCAAUUUAACAGUACUCACCACCUCCUCAAGUCCACCUCCGCUCGCUCCGCCGCUCGCUUUCACCACCAACGCCGUCUCCACCACCGCCAUUUCUCUCUUCCGCUAUCUCCCGGAAGUGAUUAUACUCUUUCCUUUAACCUGGGAUCUCAGCCUCCCCAACCCAUCACUCUCUAUAUGGACACCGGAAGUGACCUUGUUUGGUUCCCUUGUGCUCCUUUCGAGUGUAUACUCUGUGAAGGCAAACCCAACCCUUCGCUCCACACCAGACCACCAAACAUCUCCCGAAGCGUCGCCGUUUCAUGCAAAUCACCUGCAUGUUCGGCUGCUCAUACCUCUGCCUCCUCCUCUGAUCUCUGCGCGAUGGCUCGAUGCCCAUUGGAGAACAUCGAGACCUCCGAUUGUUCUUCUUAUUCAUGCCCGCCAUUUUACUACGCUUACGCCGAUGGAAGCUUAAUCGCUCGCCUCUAUCGCGAUAGCCUCGCAGUCUCACCAUCCUCCGGUGCUCUGUUUCUGAAAAACUUUACAUUUGGGUGCGCGCACACCACUCUUGGCGAGCCCACAGGGGUUGCUGGUUUCGGCCGUGGCUUGCUUUCGUUGCCUGCACAGCUAGCCAGCUUCUCUCCUCAGCUGGGUAACCAAUUUUCUUACUGCUUGGUCUCACAUUCGUUUGAUCAACAACGCGUUCGCCGUCCGAGCCCACUCAUUAUCGGCCGUUCCGACGAGAAAGAGAGGAUAGAUAGUGAGGCCAAUGAAUUUGUGUACACAUCGAUGCUUGAAAAUCCCAAGCAUCCGUAUUUUUACUGUGUCGGACUCGUUGGAAUCUCCGUGGGGAAGAGAACUAUCCCUGCAUCAAAAACGCUGAGCAGGGUGGAUAAUGAGGGAAAUGGCGGCAUGGUGGUUGAUUCAGGCACGACGUUCACAAUGUUGCCGGCGAGUUUGUACAACUCAGUGGUGGCUGAGUUCGACCGCCGAGUUGGUCGAGUUCACGAGCGUGCGGGUGAGGUCGAGGACAAAACAGGGCUCGGGCCAUGCUAUUACUUGGACAAGAAGACAGUGGAAAUCCCGACCGUGACAUUGCAUUUUGUAGGGAAUAAUUCCAAUGUGGUGCUUCCUAGGAAGAACUACUUCCACGACUUCUUGUACGGUGGGGAUGGAGCAAGGGAGAAAAGGAGGGUGGGAUGUUUGAUGUUGAUGAACGGUGGAGAUGAGGCAGAAUCGGGCGGCGGACCAGGGGCCACGCUGGGGAAUUACCAACAGCAAGGCUUCGAGGUCGUGUAUGAUCUAGAAAAUCAGCGCGUUGGCUUCGCUAAAAGGCAAUGCGCGUCGCUUUGGGACAAACUGAACUCCAACUAGUGUGCGCCGCAGACAUGGAAUUCCGGUUCCCUCGGGUUUCAAAAGCGGGUCGGGGCACACGCAAAUGGGCUGAGCUUAACCAGUAAUGCUGCGUCUUGUACUGGGGAAGGGUUCAAUUUAUACUUUCAUCUUUAGCUUCUGGUAUUCUUUUUCUGUAAAUAUGCUCUUUGCUACGGAACUUUGUCUGGAACGAUGGAUGCGGGAGGCAAAAAGUGAAGUUUGCAUGGUUCGAAAGUUGUGUUAUUUCAUUAACAUUAUUGUAUUGCAAGUGGAUGUAAAUACUAAUGAGGUGAAAUAGUGAAUAAUAAGCUACGUCCGUUUCAAAAA